AUGAGGCAGUUGAUUUUGACCUGCAGCGCCGAGGGCAACCCAUCUCCCAGUUACUAUUGGAUGUACAUGACAGAGGGGGCGGAGAAUGGUAUUAUGCUGGGAUCAGGGAACCAGUACACUCUCAACAAUCUUACCUUGGAGGAGACCGGCAUAUACACAUGUGUUGCUUACAAUGAAAUCAAAGGCGUUAACCAGACUGUCAAUGCUAGCACACAGAUAACCAUUAAGCGGUCCCCCCACUCAACACAUCCACCGGUCGGAGUUACCGCGAAUAGUACCUACAUCGUGAAAAUGACCUUUUACAGUGACUCUAAUUUCCUGAACACAAUUGCUGGAAACCCCUUGCAAGUGACCAUCGGAACCGACAUCUAUAUCAAAGUUUUCACCCCCGCUGCUGAUUGGUCGACGGAAAUGAGGCUCCAAUCGUGCUACGUUAAGCCUGCUACAAAUUCAACAGCACAUUUGACAUCUUACCUCAUUAAAGAUGGGUAA